UUUCAAAGAAAUUGAACCUGGGAAACUUUGGGAUAUAGGGUGUAGUUUUAGCUUGUUUCCUCAGACUGUAAUUUACAACACAAAAGGUUAUAUCAUUUUUACAGUAUAUACAAGACUUUUAUUCUUUGUAAGUAAUUGGAGUUAUGUGCCUCAGUGGACUGAAUUGAGACCUUGUCAAAUUUAUUCCCAGUGAAAUUGAUGGAACAAUUCUAUUCAUUCAUAUAGAAUAGACUAGAAUAGAAUUUUAUUGGCCAAGUGUGAUUGGACACACAAGGAAUUUGUUUUGGUGCAUAUGCUCUCAGUGUACAUAAAAGAAAAGAUACCUUCAUCAAGGUACAACAUUUACAACACAAAUGAUGGUCAAUAUAUCAAUAUAAAUCAUAAGGAUUGCCAGCAACAAAGUUACAGUCAUACAGUCAUAAGUGGAAAGAGAUUGGUGAUGGGAACUAUGAGAAGAUUAAUAGUAGUACAGAUUUAGUAAAUAGUUUGACAGUGUUGAGGGAAUUAAUUGUUUAGCAGAGUGAUGGCCUUCGGGAAAAAACUGUUCUUGUGUCUAGUUGUUCUGGUGUGCAGUGCUCUAUAGCGUCGUUUUGAGGGUAGGAGUUGAAACAGUUUAUGUCCAGGAUGUGAGGGAUCUGUAAAUAUUUUCAUGGCCCUCUUCUUGAUUCGUGCAGUAUACAGGUCCUCAAUGGAAGGCAGGUUGGUAGCAAUUAUUUUUUCUGCAGUUCUAAUUAUCCUCUGAAGUCUGUGUCUUUCUUGUUGGGUUGCAGAACCGAACCAGACAGUUAUAGAGGUGCAAAUGACAGACUCAAUAAUUCCUCUGUUUGAUUCAUAUGAAUCAAACCCAGCCUGUAGCACUAAACAUUUGGGAUAAUAGCAGCAUAAGGGAAAAACUUAAAUGCAGCAGCAUAGGCAACAUGCUAUAUCCUAAGCUAAAGCAACUUCCUCCUUUAAUCUUGGUAGAAGUUACCGUCAUUAGUUUUUGUUUGUUUUAGUUGUAUUAAUCUGCUAGUAUAAUGGGAGUGGUGUUUCUAUAUUGAGAGCUUUUUUUACAAUCACUAUGCAAUGCAAACUUUGGUUACGCUUACAGAACAUGAAUAUUGAAUUAACCAGUUUUUCUGGAUUUGCACAGUACAUUGGACCAUAAAAUAACUUGAUAAUUUUAUAGAAUGCUAAACCACAAAAAAGCUAACCGAGCUUUAAACCAACCACACUUAAUGUGUGAAUGUAAUUCUCAACUGACCUGGUUGAACUUUAAUGCAAUAUAUAAGAUUAUUUGACAGAAGGAUAUUGUCACAAAUUCCCACACAAGGGAAUAGUAUUAUCCAUACAUAUUGUGGAGAGAGACCACAAGUUUUUCCUUAGCUGCUUCUUGGUUUUGGAAUAAUUCUGAAGAGCCCUUUGAAUUUGGGGUACAGAGGUGGCAGAAAAUAUAUUCUAGGAAUCUAAGACAACAUAUCCUGCAUGACAUCUUGGUUACAUUUUCUGGGAUUGCCUAGAAAUGUUUUGAGAGGUUCAUUGAGCAGUCAGUAGACAGUUUUUUUUUGAAAUAUGGGUUUUCUUCGGACUUCUAAAUUACUUUUCUGUCUUCUGUAUCUUGGCUUUGGGCUGUUCUCAAGCUCUUCUGGCAAUAUUUAUGGUGUUCUACAGCCACGUUCUGCUUAUUAAAACUCCCACUGAAGUCAAAAAGUCAAAUUACCCAAGGAAUAAAAGUCUUGAUCCUUGUAGGGUAAAAUCUGUGAGUCUUCUCACUUUAAGUGGAGGGUAGAGUCAACACAGAUUAAUGCAACAAUUUUGGAGAGCAACAAGGAACCAGUUUUCUGAAAUCUGAUUUGAUGCAUAAUUUCGUAUACUCUUGUCUCUCCACCUCCUUUUAAAAUGCCAGCGUAGAUUUCCCAUCCUCAUUUGGCUGCUUCCGUCAUGGUCUGAAUUGAAAAGGAACAGAAAACUAAAGUCUAUCCAACUCCAUGCUGCAUUAUCAGUAUCUUCUUUAAUCUCUCGCUAUCUCUCUCCACUCACUGCCUCUUUCACAUGUAUACACAUUACGGAAACAUUUUUAAGAAAAUCCUUUUUGUCACAAAUUGUGGUGAUAUGAAUGAAAAAGAGCUGCAAAUGAAUGUAAAUGAGCAGCAAUCUCAUCUCGUUUAUUUGCAUCAACUGAAGACCGGGAUGUGAUGAAUCAAAUGCUUCUAAAUUCAGUCUACAAAAUUAUGAUGAGCUCAUUAUUCUGUGGAUAAAGGCUGAGAUCCUCAAAUCGAGGCAACUGCAGCCAGUUUCUUGGUUUUGGUUUUUGGUUUUUUUGAGCAGAAGAAAGAACUGACAAUGGUUUCCUUCUCAAGCAUAAACUAUACUUCCAAGGAUCGGAUUUUUGAGAAUGAUGUUAAUUUGACUGAGAUGAUUACAUUUUACCAGCCUGGAUGGCAAAUUGCACUUUGGGCCAUUGCCUACUUAUUGAUAAUCACAGCAUCGAUUGGGGGCAAUGCCAUCGUCAUUUGGAUUAUCCUGUCCCAUCGACGGAUGAGAACAGUCACCAACUAUUUCAUUGUGAACUUGGCUCUUUCCGAUCUGCUUAUGAGUGCCCUAAACACAGUUUUUAAUUUUAUUUAUGCCUGUCAUAAUGUCUGGUACUUUGGCGAAGGAUUCUGCCGUUUUCAUAAUUUCGUUCCUGUUACUGCAAUGUUUGUCAGCAUUUAUUCCAUGACUGCUGUCUCUGUGGAGAGGUAUAUGGCAAUCGUUUACCCUUUCAAGCAAAAACUUUCCGCAGCAAACACAAAACGGAUCAUAGGAAUAAUCUGGUUGGUGGCUUGUGCACUAGCUUUUCCACAGUUCUUUUAUGCGCAAGUCAUUACUGAUCACGGACUGGUCAAAUGUGCUGUGAGCUGGCCACACAAUCACAGCCAAAGACAGCAGCUCAUGUAUCACUUAGCUGUCAUUCUCCUGGUUUAUGUACUGCCUCUCACUGUGAUGUUUGUCACAUACAGUGCGAUAGGAAUGACUCUGUGGCAUAAUGAUAUUCCUGGAGACCAUACUAACAUGGUGUACUAUCAGCAUAAGAUCAUGGCCAAGAAAAAGUUCGUCAGGGCAAUGGUUGCAGUUGUGAUAACAUUUGCCCUUUGCUGGUUCCCUUAUCAUUUCUACUUCAUCCUGGGAAGCAUCUGGAAGGAAGUCAACAGGCAGAAGUACAUCCAGCAAGUUUAUCUGGCUGUGUUCUUGCUGGCCAUGAGUUCUGCAAUAUAUAGUCCAAUUAUUUAUUGCUGUCUAAAUCACAGGUUCCGAUCUGGAUUCAGGAUUGCUUUUCAAUGGUGCCCCUGCGUCAAAGCUACAGAAAGAGACCGGCUUAACCUUAGCUAUCCUGACCCAUACGGAAAAUCCAAAGAGAACAAGCAUCCAGCUUCGCUAUGAACUUAGCAACGUACAUAACUGAUCACUUUGUCAGUUAUUCAUAUGUAUUGCGUGGCAUGAUUUUUAUCCUAAAUACUUGAGUAACGACUUCAUUG